CGGAGCGAAGGGACUGGACAGAGCGGAAGUCACUCCGUGAGGCUGUGGCGGCCGCGGAGGCGAGAGGAUGAAUAACAAGUUCGACGCCUUGAAAGAUGAUGACAGUGGGGACCACGAUCAGAAUGAAGAAAACAGCACACAGAAAGAUGGUGAGAAGGAAAAGAUGGAACGAGACAAGAGUCAGAGCAGCAGUAAGAGGAAGGCUGUUGUCCCUGGACCGGCAGAGCAUCCCCUGCAGUACAACUACACUUUCUGGUACUCCAGGAGGACUCCAGGCCGUCCCACCAGCUCCCAGAGUUAUGAGCAGAAUAUCAAGCAGAUCGGCACCUUCGCCUCAGUGAGUACUUGGAGGUUACAGUCAUGUGAUGAUGCAAAUAAAAAUGGCGGCAAGUGGAUCAUCCGGCUGCGGAAGGGCUUGGCCUCCCGUUGCUGGGAGAAUCUCAUCCUGGCCAUGCUAGGAGAACAGUUCAUGGUUGGGGAGGAGAUCUGUGGGGCUGUGGUCUCUGUCCGCUUUCAGGAGGACAUUAUUUCCAUAUGGAAUAAGACUGCCAGCGAUCAAGCAACCACAGCCCGAAUCCGGGAUACACUUCGGCGCGUGCUUAACCUACCUCCCAACACCAUUAUGGAAUACAAAACUCACACCGACAGCAUCAAAAUGCCAGGCAGGCUGGGCCCCCAAAGGCUCCUUUUUCAAAACCUCUGGAAGCCGCGAUUGAAUGUGCCAUGACCUCUCACUCUGGAUGGCACCGUCAUUGAAGCUGGCGUCAUCGGAGUCUCUUGUUCUGUUGGCGUGCCACCUGGAAGACCCUUCUGUCCUGGACAAGAGGAAUGGAAGAGCAUGCUAUGCUUUGAGAACAGGCUGACACACAGCAGCUACAACAACAGCUGAGAUCACAAAUAAAUGGUGCUAAACUA